CUGACUUGGUGGAUAGGAUGCGGGCGUGGAUGACUGGCAUAGUUUGAGGGGUCGUCAUCGCACGACAAAGGUGAAAAACAGUCUACAGGACAAGGUGGAAGGCUUCUCUGCAGCUCCUGCAAGUUUUACUGCCGUUAGAAAAUAAUAGGAAAAGUUUAAUCGCCUUUCGCCGGCUUACUGAUCACGUGACCCAGCCGGUACCAGACUUCAGACGAUAUUCUCGCCGUUUCGGGUUGAAGACGCCGAAUUUCUGUCGAAUUUGAUCUGAUUGUCUGGAAAACAGGGUCUGCGGUGGAUAACUUUUCUCGCCUGAGGAAAUAAUCUGAGGAAGUCGCGGAUUUGGCUGUUGUGGGACCCGGGAUCACGUGACCUGUCCAACCAUCAGGCGGGCGCGGCCAUCAUCGUGGCGCAACAGAACAGGUUCAAAUCCUACACCCGUCGUGUCUGCCAGUCCAGCACCAGCCAAACACGCGGUGCAGCGCUACGACGGACUCAACCCAACACAUGAAGAGCUCACUGCUCGCUCGGUGAACACUCGACUCGUAGGAAUUUGAAGUUUUUGCGUCGUUUCCGGGACGGGAAAAGUUUGAGUCGUGCGGUGAGGACGGUGUGAGGGAUAUUCAAGAUGGCGGACUACAGAGACGAACAAGAGCUGAAGUACUUAGUUGUUGAUCGGGGAUCCUUCGUCAACGACCCUGCGGCCCAAGCUGACUGGACGGCUAAAAGGCUAGUAUGGAUCCCUUCCGAGAAAGAAGGAUUCGAGGCUGCCAGCGUCAAGUCUGAGCGCGGGGAGGAGGUGACAGUUGAGCUCGAUUCGGGCAAGAAGAUCGUAGUCAACAAGGAUGACAUCCAAAAAAUGAACCCGCCAAAGUUCUCCAAAGUGGAGGACAUGGCGGACCUGACAUGUCUCAACGAAGCGUCAGUUCUCCACAACCUCAAGGAGCGAUACUAUUCUGGUCUUAUCUAUACGUACUCCGGUCUGUUCUGUGUGGUGGUUAACCCCUACAAGAAGCUGCCGAUCUACACAGACAAAGUUAUCGAGUUGUACAGGGGAAAGAAAAGGCAUGAAGUCCCCCCUCAUGUUUUUGCCAUCACAGACUCUGCCUACAGGAGUAUGCUCCAAGAUCGGGAAGACCAGUCCAUCCUUUGCACAGGGGAGUCUGGCGCUGGCAAGACAGAGAACACCAAGAAGGUCAUCCAGUAUCUGGCAUACGUGGCGGCCGCGCCGGCGGGAAGCAAAGGCGGCAAGUCCCAAUCCACGUCCAACCUGCACGGUCCACAUGGCACUGACAGGCAUAAUUACCACCAACAGGGAGAGCUGGAGACUCAACUGCUACAGGCCAACCCCAUCCUGGAGUCCUUUGGCAAUGCCAAAACUGUCAAAAAUGACAACUCGUCACGAUUUGGCAAGUUCAUCCGUAUCAACUUUGACAUGUCAGGGUACCUUGCUGGCGCCAGCAUCGAGACAUAUCUGCUUGAAAAGGCUCGUUGUAUCCGUCAGGCACCCAACGAAAGAACAUUCCAUAUCUACUACCAGUUACUGAAGGGAGCCAAUGCACAGCUGAAGAAGGACUUGCUGAUCGAGGAUGCCAAGUUCUACACGUUCCUUAGCAAUGGCUACGUCCCCGUCCCAGGAGUGGACGAUGCCCAGGAGUUCCAGGACACCGUCGAGGCCAUGAAGAUCAUGAACAUCCCAGAAGAAGACAGAAUCGCUGUCAUGAGGGUGGUGUCUGCCGUGCUGAUGUUCGGUAACCUUCAGUUCAAGCAGGAGCGCAACACCGACCAGGCCAUAUUACCAGACAACACCGUGGCCCAGAAGGUGUGCCAUCUCAUGGGCCUGCCUGUGUCCGAGUUCACCAAGGCUCUGCUCAGGCCACGAGUCAAGGUCGGCAGAGACUACGUCCAUAAGGCUCAGACCAAAGAACAGGUGGAGUUUGCUGUGGAGGCCCUGACCAAGGCUGUCUACGAGCGCAUGUUCCGCUGGCUGGUCCGGGCAAUCAACAAGUCCCUGGACCGCACACGCAGACAGGGAGCCUCCUUCAUCGGGAUCCUGGACAUCGCUGGCUUCGAGAUCUUCCAGCUGAACAGCUUCGAGCAGCUGUGCAUCAACUACACAAACGAGAAGCUGCAGCAGCUCUUCAACCACACCAUGUUUGUGCUGGAGCAGGAGGAGUACCAGCGCGAGGGCAUCGACUGGAAGUUCAUCGACUUCGGUCUGGACCUCCAGCCCACCAUCGACCUCAUCGAGAAGCCCCUGGGUGUGCUGGCCCUGCUGGAUGAAGAGUGCUGGUUCCCCAAGGCCACCGACAAGUCCUACGUGGAGAAGCUGGUCACCAACCACUCCACCAACGUCAAGUUCGCCAAGUCUGACUUCAGGGCCAACGCAGACUUCAGCGUGGUCCACUAUGCAGGAAAGGUGGACUACCUUGCUGACCAGUGGCUGAUGAAGAACAUGGACCCACUGAAUGACAACUGUGUGGAGCUGCUGAAGAACUCUUCUGAUAACUUCAUGGCCACCAUCUGGAAGGACGUUGCCUUAACUACACCCCGCUCCUCUUUUUUCAUGGACAAUCCCUUUGUACAAGGCAACCCCAAGAAAAUUAAAAAAGGGUCCAAACACGGAGGUGAUGCAUUUGUGGAAAGUGUGUCUGUCUAUUUUCCAUCUGUUGGUCUCACCGCGAGAAGAUUUGGUGUUCCUCUCAACCAAGCCACCGGCAUCAUCAGUAUGAGUGAGGCCCAGGCAGCAGACACCGCCUUCGGACAGUCCCGCAUCAGGAAGGGCAUGUUCCGUACCGUGGGGCAGCUGUACAAGGAGCAGCUGGCCAAGCUGAUGGAGGUGCUGCGAAACACCAACCCCAACUUCGUCAGGUGUAUCAUUCCCAACUAUGAGAAGAAGGCUGGAAAGAUCGAGUCCCACCUUGUUCUGGACCAGCUGCGCUGCAACGGUGUGCUGGAAGGCAUCAGGAUAUGUCGCCAAGGCUUCCCCAACAGAAUCGUGUUCCAGGAGUUCAAACAGAGAUAUGAGAUCCUGACUCCCAAUGUCAUCACCAAGGGCUUCAUGGACGCAAAGAAAGCUUGCCAAAAGAUGAUCGAGGCCCUGGAGCUGGACCACAACCUGUACAGGAUCGGCCAGAGUAAGAUCUUCUUCCGCGCGGGCGUACUGGCUCACCUGGAGGAGGAGCGAGACAUCAAGCUAACCGACAUCAUCAUACAGUUCCAGGCUGCCUGCCGUGGGCUCAUCGCCAGGAGAAACUACCACAGGCGUACUCAGCAGCUGAGCGCCAUCAGGAUCAUCCAGCGUAACUGUGCCGCGUACCUCAAGCUGCGCAACUGGCAAUGGUGGAGGCUCUUCACUAAGGUGAAGCCCCUGCUGCAGGUGACUCGCCAGGAGGAUGAGCUGGUCCAGAAGGAGUCUGAGCUCAUGAAGGUGAAGGAUGUGCUGACCAAGAAGGAGCAGGACAUGGUGGAGAUGGAGCGCAAGCAGAGCCAGCUGCUGGAAGAGAAGAGCAUCUUGGCUGAGCAGCUUCAGGCGGAGACAGAACUGUGUCAGGAGGCUGAGGAGAUGAGGGCCCGUCUGUCCGCCAAGAAACAGGAGCUGGAGGAGAUCCUGCAUGACCUGGAGUCCCGUAUUGAGGAGGAGGAAGAGCGCAACACCGGCCUGCUGCAGGAGAAGAAGAAGAUGCAGCUCAACAUCCAGGACCUGGAGGAACAACUGGAGGAAGAAGAAGCUGCCCGGCAGAAGCUGCAGCUGGAGAAGGUGUCUGCUGACUCCAAGAUCAAGAAACUGGAGGAAGACCUGGCAUGCGUGGAUGACAACAACCAGAAGCUGUCCAAGGAGAAGAAGAGUCUUGAGGACCGUAUGUCUGAACUGGCCCAGGCCCUGGCAGAGGAGGAGGAUAAGGCCAAGCAACUGUCCAAGAUCAAGAACAAACAGGAGGCCAUGAGCAAGGACAUUGAGGACAGGCUGACCAGAGAGGAGAAGAACCGUGGAGAGUUGGAGAAGCAGCGCAGGAAGCUGGAGAUGGAGCUCGGCGACACCAAAGAGCAGCUGUCUGAGACCAAGCAGAACCUGGACGAGCUGGUGACACAGGUGGCCAAGAGAGAAGAGGAACUGGCAAGUGCGCUCCGAAAGAUUGACGAUGAGACCUUGCAGAAGUCUUCUGCCCAGAAGGCCCUGCGUGAGCUUGAAAGCCAGGUCUCUGAGCUGCAGGAGGACCUGGAGGCUGAGAAGACUUCACGGGCAAAGGCGGAGAAACAGAAGAGGGACCUCAGCGAGGAGCUGGAGGCUCUCAAGACAGAACUGGAAGACUCCUAUGACACAACAGCUGCACAGCAGGAGCUGAGGAGCAAGCGUGAACAAGAGCUGAACUCGGUGAAGCAGGCCCUGCAGGAUGAACAGAUGCUCCGUGAGCAGCAGAUCCUGGAGCUCAGGCAGAAAAACCAACAGCAGGCCGAGGAGCUCAACGACCAACUGGACGCCAUGAAGAGGGCCAAGACCGCUCUGGAGAAGACGAAGAACUCCCUGGAGGCUGAGAACACAGACAUGACGGACGAGCUGAAGUCUCUGCAGGCCCAGAAGCAGGAGUCUGAGCGGAGGCGCCGCGCCCUGGAGCUGCAGCUGCAGGAGACCAACGAGCGCAUCCGAGAACUCGACGCCAGCAAAGGUGAGUCCCAGGAGACGGUGACUAAGGUGCAGGCUGAACUGGAGUCUGCCAGCAUGCAGCUGGAGGACCUGGAGUCUCGCACCUCCUCCCUCACCAAGGCCAACAACGCCCUGCAGACCCAGCUGGCUGACGUGCAGGAGUCCCUGCAGGAGGAGACCCGGCAGAAACUCAGCCUCAACACCAAGAUCCGCUCCCUGGAGGAGGAGAGGGACAACCUGACGGAGCAGCUGGAGGAGGAGGAGGAGGCUAAGAAGGCCAUGGAGAAGCAGUGUAGUUCCCUGCAGGCUCAGCUGUCUGAUGCCAAGAGGAAGGCUGAGGAGGACAGCAUGGCCCUGGAGCAGAUGGAGGAGCAGAAGAAGCACGCCUCCAGAGAAAUGGAGGCCCUCCAGCAGAGGCUUGAGGAACUGCAGGCACAGGUGGACAAGCUUGAGAAGACCCGUAAGCGACUGCAGGGAGAGGUGGACGAUGCCAACGCCCAGCUGGACCAGCAACGGUCACACAUCUCCAACCUGGAGAAGAAGCAGAAGAAGUUUGACCAGAUGUUGAAUGAAGAGAAGAUGAAUGGAGCAAAGCUGAUGGAACAGAGGGACCAAGCCGAGAGAGAGGCGCGAGAGAAGGAGAGCCGUUACCUGUCACUGCAGCGGGAACUGGAGGAGGUUCGCGACCAGCUGUCGGAGUCGGAGCGCGUCCGCAAGCAGCAGGGGGCGGAACUGGACGAGCUCAUGAGCUCCAAGGAUGACGUCGGGAAGAACGUCCAUGAGCUGGAGAAGUCGAAGCGUGCCCUGGAGCAGCAGGCGGAGGAGCAGCGGACACAGAUCGAGGAGCUGGAGGAUGAGCUGCAGGCCACGGAGGACGCCAAGCUGCGCCUGGAGGUCAACAUGCAGGCACUCAAGCAGAAGUACGACAGAGAGCUACAGAACCGUGAAGAGAAUGACGAGGAGAAGCGGCGCGGGCUGGUGAGGCAGCUGCGGGAGAUGGAGGCUGAGCUGGAGGACGAGCGUAAGCAGCGCUCCAAUGCCGUGUCCGCCAAGAAGAAGCUGGAGAACGACCUGAAGGACACCGAGAGCCAGCUGGAACAGGCCAACAAGGUGAAGGAGGACAGCAUCAAGCAGCUGAAGAAGUUCCAGGCCCAAAUGCGAGACUUCCAGACAGACCUGGACGAGGCGCGGCAGGCGCGGGACGAGAUGGCCCAGCAGGCCAAGGACAACGAGAAGCGCGUCAAGUCCCUGGAGGCGGAGAUCAUCCAGCUGCAGGAGGACCUGUCUGCCGCCGAGCGCAGCAAGAAAACCAUCGCCACCGAGAGGGACGAGCUCGCAGAGGAGGUCAACUCUAACUCUGCCAGCAAACAAGCCCUACAGGAGGACAAGCGUCGUCUGGAGGCCCGUCUGGCCCAGCUGGAGGAGGAGGUGGAGGAGGAGCAGAGUAACAAUGAGAUUCUCAUGGACAAGGUGCGCAAGAACGGCGUGCAGAUGGAGCAGCUCACCACCGAGCUCGCCGCAGAGAGGUCCAACAACCAGAAGCUGCUCAACCAACAGUCCAUGCUGGAUAGACAGAACAAGGAGCUUCGCCUGAAGCUGCAGGAACUGGAGGCUACAGUCAAGACCCGCAGCAAGGCCAUGAUCGCUUCCCUGGAGAACAAGAUCGCCCAGCUGGAGGAACAACUGGAGACAGAGACAAGGGAGAAGAUGUCUGCCCAGAAGGCGUCCCGUAAGGGAGAUAAGAAGCUUAAGGAGGUGCUGCUGCAGAACGAGGAGGAGCGGCGACAUGCCGAUCAGUACAAGGACCAGGUUGAGAAGAUGAACGCCAGGUUAAAGACGCUGAAGCGGCAGCUGGAUGAGGCGGAGGAAGAGUCGACCAGGAUCAACGCCCACAAGCGCAAGCUGCAGCGUGAGCUGGACGACAUGCAGGAGUCCAACGACGGCCUGACACGAGAGGUCAACGCCCUGAAGAACAAACUGAGGAACCGGGGCGCAACCAACCUUCUAACCAGCCGCUCGUCGCGUCGCGCUAACAACGUGGACAGCGGUGCCUCCUCCAAUGAACUGGACAUGACACAGCAGUCCACUGCUUCCGAUGGUGUAGACGGGGAGGAUGAUUGAGCGAUCACAUGACCCGGGCUCUGUCCCGGGACCGUAGUGGUCUCCAUCCCAGGGUGGCUUCGGCCAUCCUCGCUUCAUCAUUAAUUUGCUAGACUGCUCCCAUUCUCUAUGAGGAUACGUAUAGUUAGGUGACAGGACUAAAGCUUUUCUACUAUUCAUUAUCACUAUACUUGAAGAGCAAAUUCAUUUUGUAAUGGAGAGACGAUAAUUAGGAGGGUGUAUAAAACAUUUUCCAAAGGGCAGGUAGAGUUUGCAGCAUAUCUUGUCUUUUAUAGGGGGCGUAACGCUCAGAGAGAAUUUGACAGCAACCUAUAGCAACAUUAAUAAACAGGUAGUGACAACAUUUUAAAGCUAUGCUAACCGCUUUCCACCUUUGUUUUUCUCACUCAUUUGUAUUAUUUUCACUUUAGAGAAAUCUCUUCAUUGCUCCCAUCUGUUCUCUCCAUGCCUUGCUCUGACCUACUUUCAAAGAUAAUCUAUAUAUAUGAAGAAAAUAAAAUAUCUAAUUGUAUGUCAUUCCUCUUCUAGUACUGAGACUGAUUGAAUCUUCAGAAGGUCUAUUUUUAUUAAGUAAUUUGCCCUUAGAGAGAUGAAGUUCUUUGGACUGCUUAGUGGCAGGUAAUGCAUUAUGCUUUUCUACGUAGUAGUACCACUGGGGCUGGUAGAGGUCCCAAGUAUACAGCUGUAAGUAGAUGUUGAACUGAACUGCAAAUGGUGUGGUUUAAGUCGGGGGACUUUCAGGCACCGUACAUUAUAUGACUUGCUGAGGAAAGCAUGGGCUCCUGGCAUUGCACACAAGCAAAACCCAGCUGAUGUACUUAGUAUUUGUGCUCGUGGCUGGAGAACAAAUGACAAUUGAUUCGGUCAGAAAAAGUAUCUGUAUACUUACAACAUACAAUCAACAGCCUCUGUAGCCUUUGUGUACCUCUCUCCAAACUGCCAUCACACAACAAAACAAACCAAUGAAAAUGUGGGUGCCUCAAAGUUUGAAGAGUAGCCUUACCCAUUCUCCCUAGAGAUGUUGCUUUGGUAAUGAUGGUUACUUCUUUGCCUUUAUUUGGUUGUUCAAAAAUCACAACUUUGAAGGGUGAGAGAAUUGUAAUACAAGUGAGUUUAGGAUAUAUAUCUUCUUUUUUUUGGACAUUAUCAUGUAUUGAAAUGAUUUCUCUAGUAUGCUGGAACUGUCUGCGUGACUUGCUUUUGUAACGCCUAGCAUGAAUAAUGAUAGUAAUGUGUACUGUAUGUGCGAAUGAUCGUAAAAUGGACGGCUUGACGCCUGGCAAAUGACGUGUCAUAGCAAGGUGACUGGCGCAAGGCGGUCACGUGUUCUUUUGUCUGGAACGAGGAAGUGUUGUUGGGAUCGGACAUUUUCUAUCAUUGCAUUAUGAUGAAAUAAAACCAAGCCUGAUACUGGAGGA